AUGGGAAUGAGACGAAGCCGGUCGGCGGAGCAAACUGCGCGGGCGCUGCUCUCCAGCGCUGUACGAUAUGAUACAUGGGAAUGCAAUACAGCGGCAGAGGGUGCCACUGAUGGAGUACUCACGCUUCAGGUGAAUUGGGACCCGCUCCCCUCCGAACCACCAUUCCAAGAUGUUGUGGCGCUUCGAAUGACGCUGUUUGACGUUGCCACUUCCCAUUUUGUGGGUGCGACGUAUGAUGUUCCUCGAGGAGAUGAGCGGGAGCCGGUUCUUUUUCAGGGUCGGCCAAACGAUGUGGUUCUAGCUGUGGAGAUUCUGAUCCCGGCUCCGCUUCCGGACGCGGUUCUGCGGCGGCAGGCACUGUUUUGGGGUUAUGUUGAGCUGUCGGCGAUGGCCUCCAGCACCUCUGUUAAGCUUUACCGUGGCAGCGCGCACGUUUUAACUUUAGGCCGCAAGGCGUGGCCUGCAUCUGAGGGGGAAGAGCACACAAUUACGUUUAGUGCGGUGAUUAUUGAGGACGAUACCACACGCCAACUGUUGACGCGGCUGGUCCCUACCGGUGUUAUGGUACCGCGUAGCUUCGUGGACGACUGCCCGCAGGCGUCGACCGACAUUUUCCGAUGCGUGUUGCAGAAUAUUUACAUAGUACCGACCGCGGACGAUGAUGAAUGGCGCGACAGCUCAGCAGAGUGGCGCAUUGCCGUCGUGGCCCACAACGGUUAUAGGCAGUUGGGGCAGGGGGCUGAGGUUUCACUAGUGUUUAGGGAUGGGUCCAAACCAUCAAACGUUUCAGAAUUUUCUGAUUCAUUGUCGUUAUCGUUGUCGUCGUUGCCUGUGAAAUCUGAGCAAAUAGAAUUAAAGGAGCAGCUGCUGCACUCCGCCACCCCGCUGGAGAUUGACGGCCUACCGGUCCAUUCCGCCACCUCGCUGGUGUUGGCAAUACGGCGAAAAAGGGAAAUAGAUGACGAUUUCCGCGUCUUAGGGUUCUGUGUUUUUCCCCUCUGUGUGAUGCCUAUGAAAGAUUGUGAUGUCCGCAUAGAGAACCUUCCCACACUUCAGGGACCUUUCUCGUGUCGAGAUCAACGCAUGCUCAUGUUGGAACCCACAUCACCGUACGGGAAGCUUCCCGUUGUUGUGACACUAGUGGUGGGAUAUUAUGAUACCGGCGUUGUUGAUACUGUUGCCGACGUAUCACGGCCGGGUGUUAGGGGCGAAGGGCGACUGGGACGCAGGCGCGGUAGGCUGGGAGAUGAGGGGGACGGUGUGAGUGCAGCUGAGGGGGAGGGGAAAACAACUUUACUCUCCAUUACUGAAGGUGCCAAAUUGAUCCCUACUCCAUUUGAUAUGCGUAGGCGGCAGAUGGAGAUUCUUUCAACGGCAGAUGCGUUGGCGCCAGUUGCCGCUGCCGAUAAAAGGCACAGUGCGGCAUCAUUCCCUUUGUUAGACUACGCCGAUGAUGGCGGCGCGGUGGGGGCCGUUCUCGAGGGGCGUUCCACUGACGUGUUUAAGAUGCUCUGCAACAUCAUGGAAGAAACCCGCCGGCUGCGGCAGAUGCAGGAGCAGGCUUCUCGACAGCACCGCCAACGGGCUGUUGAGGCGAAACGAGUCAGCGAGUCCGGUAAGCAGCUGGAUGACGCAACCGACUCCAUCACCGUACUUAACUUCACACCAACUGCCGUUUCUAUUUCAUGGGAGACACGCCGUAAGUUAGAGGAGGGUUUGCAACCCAUUCUUCAUCCGCUGCACGCCGUCCCCAUCGAUGAGCACACAUCAGCUAGUUGUACAAACGCCGGGUCGAUGUACGGUAUUCGCUUCGAAGGACUUACUGUAGAUGAGUCCAUUCCUAUACCAAAGGAUAUUUGCUUCAUGUUUUCCUUUGGAUCGCUACCUUUCCAAACCAUAGGACCCAUUCGGGCUGUAGCUCUCGAUAAAUCAUUGCACGUGAGCACAUUUAAAUUGUAUGAAGGAAAGCAGCGGGGCGGUAUGAUAUGGUAUGAACCCUUUGAGGUCGCUAACAAUCCCUUUUUGCACAAGCAUAAGCAACGCGACAAUGCAAUCCUCUAUGUUCACAUCUAUAACGCACUAACCAUGUUUUACGUUUGCAGUGCGAAUGUACGCCUCUCAGAGUUUCGCCGUCCGUACAAUGCUGAGAGCGCUCGCAUUCCAAAGGACUUGGUUGUGUACCGUGAUCUCAGCUUCACUGAAAUUCAGGUACCAUCUAAAGUUUUGCCCGUAGUGCGAGAUGCUGGUUCGUUGCAUGUGACCCUUUUUUGCAUUUGCACGGGUCAACCGCUCCCGAAGCAGAGUGAGAAUCGUGUUGUGGAGCCACUGAAGGUGUCACGUGUCGUUGUGGCGAGGAAGUUACCGCAUACAAACCUUAUGGAGGCAAAGCACCAUCCGCAACAGGAGGCUACUCGGCAGGGCUUGAUGACCACCGCUAAUGACGCCGCAAGUGAGCAGCAAGCUGUGCAUUCGGGUCCGGAAACGGGCGGAGUAACGGGUGUGCCGUACCCGGGGGCUCAACCCCUCGUGGGGUCUACGACGGGUUUGAAGCAACAUGGACCGACAGCGGGGGUGGAUUUUUCUACCGCCUCUAGUGUGCCGGACAAUGAUAUGCACUGGCGUCGUGCGCAGUAUAUUAAGCAGCUCUAUGCCAAUGGAAUUCAAUCUUCAAAGGUUCACUUAGGGGCUCGACCGCAAGAUGCAGAUUGUGAGUUUAAACUACGUUAUCUGGAGAAACAGCGAGACGAACUUAAGUCAAAGAAGAUAGGCGAGGCUCUAAUGGAGCGCCUCACCGUGCACCAUUACAUUUCUGUUGCCUCUUUCCGACCAGAGCAGGUAUCCGUAACGUUUCAGAACCCAUUUGCUCAGGGAUUACAAUUCACUGUGGAAGUGGACCCAGCAGCCACUGAUGCGCUUGAUGUGUUGUCGUGCCCAACAGUCCACUUGGGGCCGCGCGAACAUGCGGACAUUCUUUUUGUCGUUCGUCUCAAUCAGCAGAGAAACACUUACGCAAUGGACUCUCGCUCGGCCAGCGUUGAUGUGGAGGGCGAACAGGUUAACCUUCGUGCGUUUGUAUACACUCCCACUCAUGAGGCGGUACGAAUUAUCGACGUGCACGCCAAUGUGGGACCGCCAUGUGUCGACCGUCGUUAUGAGGUAUAUGGCCCCAGUGGGUCAAGGGUGACGAAGAAAAUAUUCUCACGGUUCUUUUCUUCCUCUGCCUUUUCAGUUUCAUCCGAACGUGACAAGCUGCUUUCUACUAUGCGUGAUGCAUGCCUCCAUGUUUCUAUUGCCUCCGAUGAGACGACAGUGGAGCCGAAUGUAGUGUUAGACCCCAUUACUCAGUCAUCGGUUACUGUGUGGGAGGAAGUAACUAUCCACACUACGAUUCCACGGGAUUGUAAUGAACAACGAGUGGAGUAUCUCACUCUUUUUGAGGAUGAAAAGUUGAGUAAAGCAUUAGAAACAUGGGAGCUUAGCAUAUUUGCCUCACAGACGGUGACCACACGUGAGCUGAUGUUCGGUCAAACCACUGCUGUGGCACUUCCGUCUGAGGGUGUUGAGGCGAUUUAUUGCAGUGACCCGCGCAUGCGCGUGGAGCAGCGAGAGGGAUUGUAUAUGAUGCACCUUCGACCGCAUGAGGUGGGAACACAGCACUUAUUACUGCAUUCGCUGACUAGCAACCAUCUUGCCAAAACGUUGGUUACAGUUCCCACGGUGUAUCCGACUCCGACAUAUACACAAACAAUCGAGUUGAGUGUUGAGGAAGCCAACGCGCCAAUACUCCGACGGCUGCAUUUUGUGAAUGUCUGCUUAAGUGAGGAUAUAUUUACUGUUCAUCACAACUACAAGUACCAACUUCAUGUCCAACCAAAGACGUUCGUGCUUGCCCCGCAAGAUACUCAAGUUAUCACGCUGCACAUGAGCAUGUUGAGACUACCGGAAGGCCAGUUAGAAGGGCGCUGGCCAAUGUGGAUAUUUAUAAACAACUCGGCGGAUAAGACGGUAGAGUCAUACUUGUUGCAUGUUGUACUCCGUGCACGGCAUGUGCUCGACUAA